GCCCUCAGUGAUCAGACAGACUGUAAGCGGUGAUCGGACGUGUUCUAAUAAUAAUAAUAAUAAAGCUCUAACCGCGGAUCUAUAAUCGGAUCAGAUCUAAAGUUGAUCAUGGCGUCCCGCUCGGUCUCCUCCUCCCCCGGCUCAGAGCGGCCUGAUCCCGCGGAGGAGCGCAGUGUCGGCUCAGGCAGUGGUUCUGAUCCAGAGUGCGGUGAGUCCGUGCCGGGGAAAGAGGACCAGGAGCGCCUGUUCGAGGCUGCAGCGAACAGAGUGCGCGAGCUUGUACACAGCGCGAGCCGAGAACAGCUUCUCUACCUGUACGCCAGGUACAAACAGGCCAAGGUCGGGAAAUGUGAUGCACCAAAACCGGGGUUCUUUGAUUUCGAGGGUCAGAGGAAGUGGGCGGCGUGGAAGCAGUUAGGUGACAUGAAUAAGGACCAGGCGAUGCAGGAGUACAUAACCUGUGUAAAAACACUCGAUCCAGAAGGUUUUAAGUGUUUAUCAGAGAGAAGAAAAGGAGAGCGCAGGACGAUGUUUGGUGGAGCGGCGGUGAGCUGUUUAUACCAGGAGGAGACAAUCAGGGAGGAGGAUAAAAACAUAUUUGACUUCUGCAGAGAGAAUAACGUUGAGCGAGUCCGCUCGGCCCUCAAUGCCAAACACAUCAACGUCAACACCAAGGAUGAGGAGGGUCGAGCUCUGCUGCACUGGGCGUGUGACCGAGGACAUAAAGAACUCGUCACUCUCUUACUCAACCACAACGCCGAUAUCAACAGUCAGGACGAUGAAGGUCAAACCCCGCUGCACUACGCGUCGGCGUGCGAGUUCCCUGAGAUCGUGGAGCUGCUCCUGCAGAGCGGCGCCGAUCCCUCCAUCAAGGACGGAGAAGGUUCCAUCCCGGAGGAAGUGACCGAGUCCAGCUCCAUCACCUCGCUCCUCCGGCAGUACAGCGCCCCCAAGGGAUAAACACACACACACACACACACACACACACACGGCUCACGGUAACGCUACGAUACGGACUAAAGUAUUGGGACGCCCCGUCUAAAAUAAUAAUGAAAUUAGAUGCUUUGAUGAGCUCUGACCUCAGAAUCAGUGAUUGUAAGGGGCGUCCCAAUACUUUUGACCGUAUCGUGUAUCUGUAAUGCAGGAGCUCUCAGUGCUUGAGUGUGUUUAUCUCCGGCGUGUCAUGAUGGAACGGUUUAUUGAGUACAGGCAAUGUUAGCUCAGCGGUUUAGGUACUGGACUGGUUAUCAUAAGGCUGCAGGUUCGAGUCUCACCAGGUCGUCACCGCCGGGCCCCUGAGCGCGGCCCCUAACCCUUAAUUACCUAAAAUACAGUGGAUUCGGCUAAAUAAUGUAAAUGUGAUGUUAGCUCAUAACGACUCUGAGAGGAGCGCUAGUGUCCAGUGGGUGACUCCAGAUUAUUAUAAUCGUCAGUCUGAUUGCUCACGGUCAAUCAAGCUACAUUCCACCAUCAUCACCAUCAUUAUUAUUAUUAUUAAAAUAAUUCUGAUUUUGAUUGUUUUAUUGUUCUAUUAAAAUUCUGGUUCUUUA